AUGGAUCGCUGCUAUCUCUUACAACAGCAACAGCUUCUCGCCGAUGGUGUGACUGCUCUUGAUGCCGAUGACAGCAAUGUCUUCCUCGGAACUGAGUCCGGCCAGCUUCUGCGCUUCGUCAUCCAUCGCGAGGACCCAGAUUCUGAAGCUGAUAGCUUUACCUAUCUAUUGGCUUCGCAACAAGAUUCUAUAGAGAAUGCACCGGUCAAGAGCAUUCUCUUGCUCGCACAUAUCCAGCUUGUCGCCGUACUAGCCAAUGACGUGCUCAGCUUCUAUACAUUGCCCGAAUUUGCACCGGCUAGCCACUUGCGCAUCAUCAAAGAUGUACAAGGUGUCAUCUGGGGAAGUAGCUUAGAUGUUGAGAUUUCAGAAGAAGCAUAUGCAUCGCUGACGGUCUUUACGAAGCGCAAAGUACGUCAGCUUCUGAUUACUUCUGAUCGAGUAAAGCUAGCACGCGAAGUGGAGUACGCGGGCUGUAUAGCAGCUUGCCAGCGUGGAUCAAUAGUAUGUGCAGCAACCAAGCACUCAUACGAUCUGCUUGACCUACAAGAAAAGGCUAGGAUCCAGCUCUUCCCGGUUGUCCAAGGCGAAGCGGAACCCGAAGGCCCGCAGUUUGACAAGUUCAUGCCACGAAUCCUCAGUCCAUCUGCUUCGGAGUUUUUAGUUACUUCAGGCAGUCCGGAGAUGCCUAGUGCUCUGGGCAUGUUUGUCACGAUGGAGGGUGAUAUCACUCGGGGUACACUCAUGUUUGACGACUAUCCGUUGAGCCUCAUUUGUGUGAACGAGAAGAUCCUGGCUCUCAUGCCUUCGCAAAAGAUUGAGGUGCACAACAUCAUGAAUCAGCUUAAAGAACUGACGAUUGAGGUUCCGGGAAUGACCUCGAUUUUCACAACUUCUGAGGAUGUUGAUGUGGUGGUGAAGGAAAAUCUUAAGUUGAUUUCACUGGUCAACCUCGAAGAGAAUGAAAAAUGGACGAGCAGCCUUGAUAUCGCGCGCCGGGCAUCAGUGGCAACGACGCGUAUCGUGCUCUGUGGAUCAGGCUCUGUGUCCUUCCUCCCAUCUGCCACAGAGCUGAUGCACCUUGAUGAGAUCCUUGGAAACGGUGGCUUGGAACAGUGCAUCAAGAGAGCUGCUGCCUUUUACAAGAAAAGACCCGAAGAGGAAGCGUAUCAUUGUCAAGCAUAUGUUCACCAAAAGGCAGGCCUGCUGUAUUUCAAUCAGCUUCUGUUUGAUGAUGCAUUGGAUCAUUUACUUGCUGGCGAUCUUGAUCCUCGCAUUCUGCUCAGUUUAUUUCGAACACUGCCUCAAUCUGACACAUCAACCCAGCUCAAACUGUACAAGGGUGUACGGAAGCAGCUCUCAGCAAUGCAGCCGAUCGAACAGACGAUCCGCUCGACACUGGAAUCAACGGUAGAUGAUCCUGCUACAGUGACCGAGCUCUGUACCAUUCUCGAAGGUCAAGCAAUUGAGAUGUGUCGCCGCUUUUUGACCAAGUAUCGCACAAAGAGACAGACCAGCAAGCUGGUAUCAGAUGUUCUCGGUCCAGUCGAGGCUGCUCUACUCCACAUUCUGUUGUCUAUGGAUCGUGGUGAAGCCAAACCCAAAUUGCAAGAAUUCUUCCAGCUCGAGCUGGCGAAUAUUGAGCAAUCUAUACGGUAUCUGCAACAGCAUUAUCGAUGGUGGGAGUUGCUGCAGCUCUUAACACGUCUUGCCCGUCACGAGGAAGCGUUGUCCAUUUGGCAGCAGCUCAUGGAAGGCACAAUUUCUGACCAAGAUUACCCAGGGCAAGGAUUUCGUGCUAUGAAGGAUUAUCUCAUCCAGCAUGGCACAGAUGAUCUCAUUUGGCGUUUUGGUAUUUGGCUAUUGCAAAUGUACACUGACAUUGGCGUCGAAUUGUUUGAUACAGUCGAUGCAUCGCCGAACAGCGCGACAACUUACACAUCGCUUCUUGACAAGCUCCGCACUGGCGACGAUCGGGGCAUUUUCUUGAAGGUCCUGAAUCAUGUAGUGGCGUCAAGCCCGAACGUGAGCAUAGCUUUAUCAAAUGAGCUGAUUUUGACGCUCGCAGAGCAAGUCACAAGCAAGCUGAGCAAUUCGUCAUUGUCGAAUCUUGCAACAGAGACGGUAGCAAAUUACAGGCAAAUGAGAGCACCCAAGAUGCCUUUCCCGAUGUUUGUGCUGGAAAAUAGGCUUUCUGGCUCAGGAGAGGUACGACAAUUUGCCGAGCUUCGAGCGAGAUUGAUUGACCGACUACAAGACGAUGCUCAAUAUGAUGCGCAGGCUGUGCUCGAUGUGAUUCUACAAAACAAAGACAUUCUAUUGGCUGAGCGGAUCAUACUCUAUGGUCGGCUCGGCAAACAUGCUGAAGCUCUCAAGAUACUGGUUCGUGAUCUGAAAGACUUUGAUAGCGCUGAGGUCUACUGUUAUCACGGUGGUGUUUCUUUGUCAUCGCUGCGCAUCGGUACCCAAAAGCUGGAGAUUCUCGAGAUGCGCCAUACACUGUUCCCAAUGUUACUACAGGAAUGUCUCAAUUUGCCGGAUGUUGAGCUCAGAUACAGUCAAGGUGUGGCAUUACUCAACCGAUGGAGCAGCUACAUGAAGUUCGAUGAUGUGUUGACCUUGAUACCCGACGAGUGGUCGAUCGAGGCGAUUGCGAGCUUCCUGCAAGUCUCUCUGUCCCAUCUGGCAGCAGAAAAGCGAGAUGUUCAGAUCCAGCGAUCUCUUGUGCGUUUGCAAGCACGCAGACAGACUCAAAGCAAGCUCAUCAGAUUGCAAUGA